AAGAAGAAUACACGAGACAAGAGUCAUUCCAAAGAGUGUGAGAGAUGGAGGUGGAGAAGGAGAAGUCGGAGUUGACAUUGUACAACACGAUGACUCAACUGAAGGAAGUUUUAAAACCCAUCAAUCCUGGCAAGAUCGGAAUGUAUGUCUGCGGUAUCACCUCCUACGAUUUCAGCCAUCUUGGCCACGCUCGUGCCGCCGUCUCCUUUGACCUUCUUUACAGAUACCUAAGGCACUUGGGCUAUGAGGUUACUUAUGUUCGAAAUUUUACUGAUGUUGAUGACAAGGUGAUUGACAAAGCUAACAAGUGUGGAGAGAACCCAUUAGCUUUGAGUAGUCGCUUUUGCGAGGAGUAUCUUGUAGAUAUGGCUGCUCUUCAGUGCCUCCUUCCCACUCACCAGCCUCGUGUCAGUGACCAUAUGGAGCUCAUUAUUAAGAUGAUUGAAAAGAUCAUUGAGAACGGGUGUGGGUAUGCAGUGGGUGGUGAUGUGUUCUUCUCUGUUGAUAAAUCACCAAAUUACGGUCAAUUAUCUGGGCAACGGCUGGAUCAUACUCAAGCUGGUAAGCGUGUUGCUGUUGACUCAAGGAAGCGCAAUCCUGCUGACUUUGCAUUAUGGAAGGCUGCAAAAGCUGGUGAACCAAGUUGGGAGAGUCCUUGGGGUCCGGGAAGACCAGGAUGGCACAUUGAGUGCAGCGCCAUGAGUGCUCAUUACUUGUCUCCGAGAUUUGACAUUCAUGGUGGUGGUGCAGAUCUGAAAUUCCCGCACCAUGAGAAUGAGAUUGCACAGACAUGUGCUGCUUGUGAAGAUAGUGGUGUGAGUUAUUGGUUACAUAAUGGACAUGUAACCAACAACAAUGUGAAGAUGGGAAAAUCACUGAACAACUUUUUUACGAUCAGAGAGAUCACGGUUAAGUAUCAUUCACUGGCUCUGAGACACUUCUUGAUGAGUGCACAGUACCGUUCCUCUCUGAACUAUUCGGUGUGGCAGCUAGAGAGUUCAUCAGAUGCUUUAUAUAGUGUUUAUCAGACGUUAGAAGACCUUGUUAAAGCUCUAUCGCCAUAUCAAGAAGAAAUGAGUGAAGGUGUUGGAAAGGCUGUACAGACUGCAGAAGCCAAAGACAUUAUAAAGAAGGUGAAGAGUGAGUUUGAAACAAAAAUGUCAAACGACUUGAACACUGCCCAUAUACUCACGGGUGCUUUCCAAGACGCAAUGAAAAUCAUCAACGUUUCAAUCACCAAGCUCAAGAAAAUGCAGAAGAAGCAGCGGAUGUCGCUUGUCGUGUCACUGGUGGAGGUUGAGAAAGCAGUGAGGGAAGUUCUUGACGUGCUUGGUUUGCUCACGACUGUAAGCUACACCGAGUUUUUGAAAGAGAUGAAACAAAAGGCAUUAACAAGAGCAGGAAUGGGAGAAGAAGAGGUCUUGCGGAGGAUUGAAGAAAGGAAAAUGGCGCGGAAGAAUAAACAGUUUAAGAGAAGUGAUAAGAUCAGAGAGUCGUUGGCAGUUAAAGGAAUCUACCUGGAGGAUACACUUGGAGGAACUGUCUGGAGACCCGCCACCCCUUUGAUUUUGAAGCCUAAAUUCGGUUUAGGCAAGACCGCCUUUAUUUUUGCUAUCAUGUUUAUUUUCGUAGGCUUCUUCUUCUAUAGUCGUUGAAACUCUUAUUUCAGCAUUUGCUUAGAGUUUAGACAGACUGUGUUAGAGUAUAGAUAAUAGCACUGGUUAUCUUAAUUUUUGAUAAACUUUGUACCACACACACAAAUCAUGUUCUGAAUCCGUGUGUCAGUAACC